CAACCAUUAAUGCUCACUCUCGGGCUUUUCUGAGCAGAGGGAAUGAGAGUGUCAUAUAAACAAAAACAUUGGUGGCUUAGUUCGAUUCACUAGAAUAAAAACGUUGGCAAAAAGUAAAACCCAUUAGGAUUCAAGUAGAAGAUAAUAAUCUUCUUUGGAUGAAAAAUGGCCUCAAGAUUCAAGCUUCUCUUUGCAAUUUCUUUCCUCCAUUUACUUUUACAUUUCUGCCGUGGGAGCAUAGUCGGAGUUUGCUACGGAAGGAAUGCUGAUGAUCUUCCGACACCUGAUAAAGUAGCACAACUGGUAAAACUUCACAACAUUAAGUACCUUCGGAUUUACGAUUCUAAUAUCCAAGUGUUGAGAGCCUUUGCAAACACCGGAGUUGAACUUAUGGUUGGAGUUCCGAAUUCCGACUUGUUAGCAUUCUCCCAGUUCCAAUCAAAUGCAGAUUCAUGGCUAAAUAACAACAUCCUCCCGUACUACCCUGCCACGAAGAUCACAUACAUCACCGUAGGUCUUGAAGUCACUGAGAGCCCCGAUAAUGCCUCUGCCUUGGUUGUACCUGCCAUGCAUAAUGUCCUAACAGCAUUGAAAAAGGUUGGUCUGCAUAAGAAGAUCAAAGUUUCAAGUGCGCAUUCUCUAGGGGUUUUGUCCCGAUCGUUCCCUCCUUCUGCCGGGGCUUUCAAUAGUAGCCAUGCAUUUUUCUUGAAACCUAUGUUGGAAUUCCUAGCUGAGAAUCAGUCACCUUUUAUGAUUGAUUUAUAUCCUUACUAUGCUUUUAGAGACUCUCCCAAAAAAAUCUCUUUGGAUUAUGCUUUGUUUCAGUCAUCCUCAGAAGUCAUAGAUCCGAACACCGGUCUACUUUACACCAACAUGUUCGAUGCCCAGAUAGAUGCCCUUUAUUUUGCCCUGAUGGCUCUAAAUUUCAAAACAAUUAGGGUUAUGGUUACGGAAACUGGAUGGCCUUCGAAAGGUUCACCGAAGGAGAGAGCUGCAACUCCAGACAAUGCCCAGACAUAUAACACCAAUCUAAUUCGUCAUGUCAUCAACGGCACCGGCACUCCUGCCAAGCCCGGUGAAGAGAUAGAUGCCUAUAUUUUCUCAUUGUUUAACGAGAACAGAAAGCCUGGACUGGAAUCAGAGAGAAACUGGGGCCUAUUCUAUCCCGAUAAAACAAGUGUAUAUAACCUCGACUUCACUGGAAAAGGUGCCAUCGAUAUGACAAAUAGCACAAAUGAUACCAACUCAAACAGAGCAACAUGGUGCAUCGCUUCUAGCAAGGCUUCUGAGCUGGACUUGCAGAGUGCUAUAGAUUGGGCUUGCGGUCCCGGUAAUGUGGAUUGCUCCCCCAUUCAGCCUAGUCAACCGUGUUUUGAGCCGGAUAAUCUAGUUUCUCAUGCCUCCUUUGCGUUCAACAGUUACUACCAGCAAAAUGGGGCCACCGACGUCGCAUGCAGUUUUGGAGGAAAUGGGGCCGAAGUUGACAAGGAUCCCAGCUAUGACAAUUGCAUCUAUCUGACGGCUAGAGGGCUCAACAAAACCACAAGUAACACGACUGCGUUCGCUGCUAAUGCAUCAGGGUCGGAACGUACCGAGUGCCCAUGGGUUCCUGGUUUAUUUCUAAUGGCAUUGAUCUCAUUUAUCAUAAACCCGGGCAAUGUGUUUGAUGCAUCAUUCUGAAAGCCAGAUGAGGAUGUUUAUUUUAUUUUUUUCCUAGGGAUGAUUAAAUGGUGUAAGACUGUAAGAGGAUGAUGAUAAUGUAAAUGC